CUGGGGCUGGUGCGAGGCUGACGGGGCCGCCGCCGCCGCCCAUGGAGCCCAACGGGACGGCGGCGGCGGGGGGCAACUCCUCGGCGGGCGGCGGCGGCCCCGGGAGCGGCCCCCUGCUCAUCCCCUCGGCCUUCGGGACGGUGCUGUCGGUGAUGUACGUGGCCGGCGUGGCGGGCAACGUGUACACGCUGGUGGUGAUGUGCCACUCGGCGCGCUGCGCCGCCCCCAUGUACAGCUCCAUCGUCAGCCUGGCCCUGGCCGACCUGCUCUACCUCUCCACUAUCCCCUUCAUCGUCUGUACCUACCUGGCUCAGGACUGGUACUUCGGGGACCUGGGGUGCCGCAUCCUGCUCAGCCUGGACCUGCUCACCAUGCACGCCAGCAUCUUCACCCUGACUCUGAUGUGCACCGAGCGCUACCUGGCCGUCACCCGGCCCCUGGACACACUGAAGAGGUCACGGGGCUACCGGAAGGUCACAGCAGGGGCUGUCUGGUCGGUCUCACUGCUCCUUACUCUGCCCAUGAUGCUGAUGGUCACCCUGACCGAGGGGGGAAAGGCAGAGGGCAAGGUGAAGAGGAUGUGUGCACCUACCUGGAGCGUGGACGCCUACAGGACCUACCUGACAGUGCUCUUCAGCACUAGCAUCAUGGCCCCAGGAAUCAUCAUUGGAUUCCUCUACACGCGCCUGGCCAGGACCUACCUAGAGUCCCAGAAGAACCCUCCCCACAAAGAGAAGAGCAAGAGAUCCCCCCGACAGAAGGUCCUCAUCAUGAUUUUCAGCAUCGUGCUGGUCUUCUGGGCCUGUUUCCUGCCAUUUUGGAUCUGGCAACUGGUGCGACUCUACAGCAGCUCCCUCCAGCUCACCACCCAAACCCAAAAGUGCAUUAAUUACCUGGUGACCUGCCUGACCUACAGCAACAGCUGCAUCAACCCCUUCCUCUACACCCUGCUCACCAAAAACUACCGGGAGUACCUGCGCAACAGGCACCGCAACUUCUACAGGUUCACAUCCUCCUUCCGCAAAAGGGGCUCCAACCUGCAGUGCUCCUGGGGACGGUCCAUGUCCUCCAGCAACCAGUACGACUACAGCUCGGAGGCCCUGGGCAUGGCAACACUGAAGGACAAGUGAGGAAGAGAAGGUGCUUCAGAGACACCAGGACCAGCAGAGCGUCUGGCCAAGGGCUUCUCUCAUUCCAUUUGACCUCAUGUUCCAUCCCCAGAGGGAUUACGUCAAGACUGGAUCCCCAAUGCCAUGGUCUGGGUCGCAAGUGAAGGAGAUGGUGAUGGCAUAGCGAGUGCCCCAGUGAACCUUCUCCACCCGAUGAAGGUUCUCAGAUCCAGAGGUGAAAAAGGAAACCCGGCCUGUAAAGACAAAGUAUUUAAUCAGUGACAUGGAGUUUGCCACUCAGCAACCAGCUCUCUACACAGUUCUGCUGUUGUCUCAGUCCAGCUGUUCCCUAGCUACCUGAGAGCCCGUAAAUCAUCACAAACUGUUAUGAGCUUACGCUGCACCCUGACAGCUUUAUGUACUGUUUCAAACGCAUUAAUCCUUUGUGCCACAAAGCUGGAGACAGAAUUCCACCAUAUCUCAUAGUUUAUAAAAGGCAAGAGGAAGCCAAGAAUAUCUGAAGCCAGUUCUUAGUUGCCUCACAUUAAAAAAGGCAACUCUGGUGACUGCCAGCAAAGUGUGUUGAUUUCCUCCCUCCUCCCCUUCUAGUCUGGGCUCUAACUUUAGACCAAAGAAGGAAGAAGUACUACGAAGGUGCCAAAAAGUCUUCAGUGAAAAAAUCCUCAGCAGGUUUACAAGCAGCUGUGGCAGCUUCUCAGCACUGUACCACGUAUUUGCUAUAGCUUUUUGUGCACAGUCUGAUCCCUCGCUAUUCAGCCCGGUUAGAAAGUUAGGUAUCGGUCAUAGACAGAUUACUGUUCCUUAGAAGGAGCCACCCCAUCAACACAUUGACUUGGAAAUGGGUCUAUAGAUGCAAGACCUUACUCCUGUGCUUUCAUCCUGUCUGAGCUUUGACCAUAAUCCUGCCUUGGGGUUCUCCAGGCCUUAAGUGGCAUCAAGAUGAAAUGCAGUUACUUUGAUAAUGACAGCAGGCAUGUAUUAGCAUCCCACUGAUAAAACAGCAGAAUGGAGCCCUCUUCACUUCCACAUCAUUAAAGUGUUCUGCAAAUAUAAAAGUUCGAGGUUUAGCAAGUAACUCAGAACUGAUGCAACUCUGUAGGACUGCUCAAGUUCUCCUGAGAAAGCCAGUAAUACUCAUACACACACCUGUUUCAUCCCCAUAGUGUGUGAUUUCCCUGCUCAGGCCUUUCAUUCCACUGUUCAAAUGAGAUUACAGGUUGCUAUAAAGCUUAUCAUAGGGAACAUGACAGACUCUGCCUGAGACCUGUUCACAGGCAGGCAAAAUGAAACACAUGCCUACUUAAAAUUUGCACAAGAAGAAGAUAAACACAAACUCCCCUGCAGAAAUGGAUACCAGGCACAUAACUGGUUUUCUCUUCUAGAAGUGACCCAAAGAUCCAGAAGUUGCUUUGCUUGCAUCCCCCUAAGCAACACAUAUAGGAGAUCUGAACAAAACUAGACCAGCCUUAUGGAGCUCAGUUUACCCACUGAUCUCUGAAGUCUGUCUGAGCAGCCUCUGUGUCCCUUGCACAUUCUGUUCCAGUUCACUUUUAAUCUUUUAUAGUUCAAAGAGUUGUUCAUAACUGUCAAGCAGAAGUCAUAUCAUACUCUGCCUGCGGCUGCACAUCAAUAGUGAGUAAAGCUAUAUAUAAUAAUAAUAAAUUCAUUCAUAUACACAGCUCAUUUACACCUUGGUGUCCUGCUUUAUUGGAUGAAAGACUAAAUGCAGACAACGUAUUCCUACCCUCUGAGUGUUGAAUGAACAGUGCUGCCCUCAAGGAUUUUAUGCAAGUCCCUGUGUCAUGUUUCGCGGCAAUCAGGUAUUAUUAUUAGUCCCUCACCUACUCACCAAAAGCUUUGCCUUAAACUGAUUUUCAAGUUUUAUUUGACCUGUUAUUAGCAGUAGUAAUUCAGAGCUAGGCAAGUUUCAGUGUAUGGUUUAAGCCAGUUAACCGGAGGUUUUUGGCUAUACAAAAAUGUCUUGAUUCCUUUCUUUAAUAAAUAUGUCUUCAUAUA